AUGCAAUUGGAAUCUCUUCCAAAUGAAAUUUUUAUUGAAAUAUUUGAUUAUUUAUCAUUACAUGAUCUUUAUCAAGCAUUUAAAGGACUUAAUCAACGAAUUAAUAAUAUACUUCAAUCACUCAAUAAUCGUGCAAUUCGAAUUUGGUCUACUAAUGAAAAAACUGAAAUUGAUAUGAAUAUUUUUUUUUCUUCAACUAUUAUUUCACUUGAUAUUAAAAAUGAAUAUGAUAUUAAUUUAAAACAAUAUCCUAAAAUAAAUUCAUUAACUUAUACAUAUGCAACUGAAAAUCAACUUCAACAUUUUAUUCAAUCAACAUUUUGUCAUAAACAUUUAAAAUAUCUUAAUGUUACAUCUGAUGAUUUAUCAUUACUUGUUAAAUAUAUUUUUUCACAUGAAUUUUUAUCACUUAAUCAAUGUAUAUUACGUAAUAUUGAUUCAUUACCAAAAUGUCCAUGGAGAAUGAAUCCAUCAUCUGAUUCAAUAAGUGUUUGUAGUGAUGAAAAUUUUCUAUUAUCAAUUCUUAAAUCAUGUCCUAAUUUGAAAUGUCUUUCAUUAUUUAUUUUUGAAUAUUCUAAUACGUCUUUAUCAUCAGUUAUUUAUCAUUCUCAUCUUAAAUAUCUUACUAUUGAAAUGACUCAACCAGGAUGGACUACACAAGCUAUACAAAUAUUAUUUUCAUCAAUUCAAACACCUCAACUUAUUUCAUUUCGUAUAGUUUCCUAUCAAGCAUCAUUAAUACCUUUUGAUUUUAUUCAAUUAAUUAAUAUAUUUAAUGAACGAUUACCUAAUUUAAAACGAUUUGAAUGUGAUAUUCUUUUAUCAAGAGGAGUAGAUACAACAGAUUUGAAAAGUAUACGAGAAUUACAUUCAUUUUUAUUUAAUCAUUUAAAAUUUGAAAUACAAUUCAAUGGAAUGUUAAGAAUUUAUACAAGUGAUUUUAAAGAUUAA